GAGAGAGAGAGAGAUACAGAGAGAGAGAGAGAUACAGAGAGAGAGAGACAGACAGAGAGUGAGAGAGAGAGACACACCUCUCACACCUCUGUAUCCUCUCAUACACACACACAGUGAAAAGAAGGCAAGGACACGUAGGCUUAAUCUGUGUGGACCUCCUCUCACCCAUGCUGUCCUCCCCCUCAGUCUCCCUCCUCUCUCACACACUCAGCAGUAUGAUUUUCUUCACAGCACCUUUUGACUGCUGUUAAUUGCAGCAACAAGAGACGAGGAGUGAAUCUGUGUUCUAAUCUCAAACAGUAAUUCAACCAAACUCAACACCAAGAAUGAAGAAAGAACAAAUGUGACGACAUCUCGGAAGAGUAAAAACAAUCCACUACAGGUCCUCUUCCAAACAGUGGACUGACUCAGAGAGCACCAUCGGACUGACUCAGAGAGCACCAUUGGACUGACUCAGAGAGCAUCAUCGGACUGACUCAGAGAGCACCAUUGGACUGACUCAGAGAGCACCAUCGGACUGACUCAGAGAGCACCAUUGGACUGACUCAGAGAGCACCAUUGGACUGACUCAGAGAGCACCAUUGGACUGACUCAGAGAGCACCAUCGGACUGACUCAGAGAGCACCAUUGGACUGACUCAGAGAGCCCCAUCGGACUGACUCAGAGAGCACCAUUGGACUGACUCAGAGAGCACCAUUGGACUGACUCAGAGAGCACCAUUGGACUGACUCAGAGAGCACCAUUGGACUGACUCAGAGAGCCCCAUCGGACUGACUCAGAGAGCACCAUUGGACUGACUCAGAGAGCACCAUUGGACUGACUCAGAGAGCACCAUUGGACUGACUCAGAGAGCACCAUUGGACUGACUCAGAGAGCACCAUCGGACUGACUCAGAGAGCACCAUUGGACUGACUCAGAGAGCACCAUUGGACUGACUCAGAGAGCACCAUUGAACUGACUCAGAGAGCACCAUUGGACUGACUCAGAGUGCACCAUUGGACUGACUCAGAGAGCACCAUCGGACUGACUCAGAGAGCACCAUUGGACUGACUCAGAGAGCACCAUUGGACUGACUCAGAGAGCACCAUUGAACUGACUCACAGAGCACCAUUGGACUGACUCAGAGUGCACCAUUGGACUGACUCAGAGAGCCCCAUCGGACUGACUCAAAGAGCACCAUUGGACUGACUCAGAGAGCACCAUUGGACUGACUCAGAGAGCACCAUCGGACUGACUCAGUGAGCACCAUCGGACUGACUCAGAGAGCACCAUUGGACUGACUCAGAGAGCACCAUCGGACUGACUCAGAGAGCACCAUCGGACUGACUCAGAGAGCACCAUUGGACUGACUCAGAGAGCACCAUUGAACUGACUCAGAGAGCACCUCCAAGGACUUUUAGACAAAACCGAGAAGUGCAGGACCACUAAAGCCCACGAGAGACAAAGACACUAGAGACACAUACAGCUGACUGAAGACUGGAGCAAGACACUAGAGACACAUACAGCCUAGUAAAGACUGGAGCAAGACACUAGAGACACAUACAGCCUAGUAAAGACUGGAGCAAGACACUAGAGACACAUACAGCCCAGUAAACACUGGAGCAAGACACUAGAGACACAUACAGCCCAGUAAAGACUGGAGCAAGACACUAGAGACACAUACAGCCCAGUAAAGACUGGAGCAAGUCACUAGAGACACAUACAGCCCAGUAAACACUGGAGCAAGACACUAGAGACACAUACAGCCCAGUAAACACUGGAACAAGACAGGGUAAUCAGCCCCAGUAGCCCACCACUACUACCACCAGUACAACCAACGCCAGUACAGCCACUGCCAUGCAGGUGUCGUUUGCAUGUUCUGACCAGGACGGAGGAAGAGGAGGGCUGAGGCCCCCGGGGAAUGGAGGUCACAGCAAGCAGAACGCCACCAGCCCCAACACGGCCAGCCAGGCGCGGGCACGCUUCCGGACCGUGGCCCUCAUCGCCCGCAGCCUGGGCUCCUUGACCCACCGCUACCAGCACAACCUUAAGGAGUCCACCGCCAAGCUCACUGGCAUGAAGUACCGGAACCUGGGAAAAUCAGGCUUGCGUGUAUCCUGUUUGGGCCUCGGUACUUGGGUAACGUUUGGAGGUCAGAUUUCAGAUGAGGUGGCUGAGCAGCUGAUGACCAUAGCAUAUGAGAAUGGGGUCAAUCUCUUCGACACAGCCGAAGUUUAUGCCGGGGGGAAAGCUGAGAUAAUCCUGGGGAACAUCAUCAAGAAAAAGUGCUGGAGGAGAUCCAGUCUGGUGAUCACCACCAAGCUCUACUGGGGUGGAAAAGCCGAAACCGAGAGAGGACUCAACAGGAAGCACAUCAUUGAAGGUCUGAGGAGCUCCCUACAGAGGAUGCAGCUGGAGUACGUGGAUGUUGUGUUUGCAAACCGGCCCGACUGCAACACUCCCAUGGAGGAGAUUGUGAGGGCGAUGACCCAUUUGAUCAACAAUGGCAUGUCCAUGUACUGGGGGACAUCACGAUGGUCUGCCAUGGAGAUUAUGGAAGCGUACUCGGUUGCGCGGCAGUUUAACCUGAUCCCUCCGGUGUGUGAGCAGGCUGAGUACCACUUCUUCCAGAGGGACAAGGUGGAGACACAGCUACCUGAGCUCUACCAUAAGAUAGGUGUGGGUGUGGUCUCCUGGUCACCUCUAGCCUGUGGAAUCAUCACUGGGAAGUAUGAGAAUGGCAUCCCAGAAUGCUCCAGGGCCUCCAUGAAGCCGUACGCCUGGUUAAAGGAUAAGAUAGUGAGUGAAGAAGGGAGGAAACAACAGGCCAAGCUGAAGGAGCUCACAACCAUCUCUGAAAAGCUGGGCUGCACUCUGCCACAAUUAGCUAUCGCCUGGUGUCUGAGAAAUGAAGGAGUGAGCUCAGUGCUGCUAGGAACAUCCAACCCCAUCCAGCUUGCAGAGAAUCUGAGGGCCAUGGAGGUCAUUCCAAAGAUGACAGCAGGCAUUGCCACAGAGAUUGACCACGUCUUGGGAAACCAACCCCACAGGAAGAAGGACUUCCAACAAGCACAUUAGGAUGGAGCCAUUCUUCAGAACUGUGACUAAUCUGGACCAGCUCUCAUCAGUGGCACCUCCAGUCAUUGUGUGCCCAACCCUGUUUGUGUGCGUGUGUGUGUGUGUGUGUGAGUUCUACGCAGUUCCUCGUCCUGCCACGCCCGAAUAAAGAUCAACCAGUAGUCAGUGUCGUUAACUGAGAGCUCUGCUUGACAAAGCAUGCAUGCCACACAGCUCAUCCACUCCAGUUCAGUGCAGCUCAAACCUGACGAACUACCCAGCCGUUAUCAAGAUAGCAAUCAAGUCAGACUAAGAUCACCUGAAUCAGUUGAGGCUGCUGAGGUGAGGACGGCUCAUAAUAAUGGCUGAAAUAGACUGUAAUGGAUAGAAUAGAAGUGUAUCAAACACAUGAAAACCAUGUUUUUGAUACCAUUCCAUUUACUCCAUUCCAGCCGUUACUAUGAGCCGUUCUCCCCUCACCAGCCUCCACUGAAUCUGAUGUGCAAAUCCCUUAUGGUACACCCAGCUGUCCCGCAUUCUGUGUAGAAGCCUUUGUAGGCUAAACGGGACAUUCAUGAGGACAAACUCUUGGACAGAGGACUGUGUUCCUGUCCUCAAAGUGAUGGACAUGGACAAAUGAUCUGUCCAUGACGGUCAGUGCUGGCUGAGCCCCUCCUAUCCUACAACCUAAGUGCUUUCCUAACCCUGCAUUGUUGUAGUGAUAAUGAACUGUUUCGAUACAUGCUGACAUCUUGUGGUUUUUAAACUUUUUCCCCCCCAUUGUGAUGUUAAAAUACCAACAGGGUUGUGUUGCAUUGAAUAUUUCAAAACGACAUGUGUAAUGACUGUUAACUGAUUAUAUAUAUUUUUGUCAAUAAAUGCAGAAGAACACAGUAUUAUUAUGACAGUACUUUCAUAGUAUCUCCCCAUUUCUCUCUAACAAUGCAUACUCUUCUGCUAACAGAUAUUGCAGGCAUGUACAUAGGUCUACCGUUGGUGUAAGCAGUAUUACCGGAUGCUAUAUCUAGUGCCCUCAUUGCACAUGCCGAUAUAUUUUCAUUUCAUCCAAGUUAAACUGAUGUAUAUGAUGUAUAUUCUACCCUUUGUCAUUGCACCUGGGAUAAAACUGAAUACAAUGUCUGUUCAAAUGUAAAAUGGUAUAAUGAGAUUAUGUUAGAGGUUGAGAGUUCAGUAAAGACUCCUUAAUUGAUGUAGUUGUUGUUGUUAAUUUGUACAUACUGUAUAUAAAUAUCCAGUGUGAA